CUGUUUCCAGCUGAAACAAACACACUCGAAUAAGAUUUUUUUCUAAACGCAUUCGCAAGCCAUUCGGCCUCUUAGAUAUUAAAAGUGAUAUUUUGUCCGUUUCGCUGUGGAUGUUGACGCAGCGCUCUCCAGAAGGUGUGACGGACACGCUGCCUCUGCGUCGACCAUCUGCGCCCCUCCCUCACCCUCCUCCCUCCCUCACCCACUCCCAGCAUCACUAGUAGCCCCGCGAUGCUGUCAUAAAGAAUAAAUCCCGUCGUUUGACGAUCCCGAGGGGUCGGGGGGAGAGAACUGUCGUCUUUUCUGAAUGGUGAUUGCGGCAGGCGGCGUUAAUUCGCGAGUACGGGCCCGUUUCCGAUGCGCCCUCCUCCGUCACAUCUGCACGUUAUCGGCUCUUUCUGCUGCUGAGGACACUCGGGCAUCAUCAUAUGUUUUAGCUGAUGUGAUUCUGAGCCCGCCUUUCCUCCUCUCUUCGAGGUUUUCCAAGGGCAUCGCAGAGCAGCAAAGUGCGGCGGCGAUGCGCACGUCUGCCGGCUAGACGGAGCCACUGAAAGCGGAGAGAGACGCGGCUCGAUCCAGCGCACUUCCGUCAGACUCACCGGACUCCCAACACUCCUCCUGCUUCAGCUUCUCACUUGGUUCACCGCCUGGUUUUUUAGGAUGCGACGUCAUGAGGUGAUCGCGCCUGACAGAUGUUGCUGUGUUGCAGUUGCUCCAUCCUCCUCCUCCUCCUCCUCCUCUCCGCUCCUUCAGUGAUGCUUCAGUGAGAGGAAAUAACUAAACCGUGUGUGUGCUUCAUGUUCAGUCCUCGCCUCGUGCUCGGACACACCGCGACGCUCCUUUUAGUCUUCGGGAUUGCAUAAGAUGAUACCUGGAUCUGCCGCAUCAAUGCUACCGUCUGCAGAAGCUGCGAAACUGUACCAGACCAAUUACGUCCGCAACUCCCGUGUCAUCGGACUUUUAUGGGCCAUCUUCACCAUCCUGUUCGGCAUCGUUAACGUGACCAUCUUCUCACAGCCCUAUUGGAUCGGGGAUGGCGUGGACACGCCGCAGGCCGGUUACUUCGGCCUUUUCCACUAUUGCAUCGGGGACGGACUCUCCAGAGAACUGGCCUGCCAGGGCAGCUUCACCGAGUUCUCCGCCAUCCCCUCCGGUGCGUUCAAAGCCGCCUCCUUCUUCAUUGGAAUGUCUAUGAUGCUGGUUGUCACCUGCAUCGGCUGCUUCAGUCUCUUCUUCCUCCUCAGCACCUCCACCGUGUACAAGAUCUGUGGCUGGAUGCAGGCAGCAUCAGGUGUCUGUCUGGUGCUGGGGUGUAUGAUCUACCCCGACGGCUGGGAUAGCGAUGAGGUCCGGCGGAUGUGUGGGGAGCAGACAGACAAAUACAGCCUGGGCGCCUGCUCCAUGCGCUGGGCUUACAUCUUGGCUAUCAUGGGCAUCCUGGACGCCCUCAUCCUCUCCUUCCUGGCCUUCGUCCUCGGGAACCGGCAGGAUGGACUCAUGUCCGAGGAGCUGUUGGCUGAAAGCAAGGAGGGAGGGAAUGCCUAACCAAAUCUUUAGGUUCCUGAAUUUCCAUGUGUCUGUUUUCAUAAAGUACAAGUCCUUCAACAUCAGCUUAGAGGAGUGAAGCAGUCGAGGUCUGUGGGGGAGAGAAAUACAACUGAACCAGCCAGCCUGCCUUUCACAUCUACCUGCCAAAAGCCCAGUGUAACAUUUUCCAGUCCAUCCGUCCUACCUGCAGCCCCUACGUCCUCCCCAGCACUUAGAUGGAGCCCGAUGCACUUCUGUCCUCAUGUGUCUGACCCUUGCACAACACUGCAUAGACCAUGGCAGGGGCAGAGACUGUUACUCUGAUGAGAAGUAUACGGAUCACCCGCUACCUACCUGACAAGACACAGGGUUGACAUUGUACACUUGCAGUGCGAGCACAGACAACACACACACACACACACACACACACACACAUAGACUCGCGCCAGCUCACCACACACAAACUUGUACACAAACAUUCAAGUACUCAACAUUUAAAAAAAAAAAAAACAUGAUUAAAUUCUGUAAUUAUAAGUAUUAAACUAUGUUAACACUUAGCUGUGUGUGUCACCAUCAGAAUGCGUAUCAUGUUUUAUUUGUGUAAAGAAAAAAAAAAGAAUCUUAUCAUUUUCAGAUAAUAUCGGGUUGAUGUAAAUCUAUUGUGUUUAAAGAUAUGGAAGUUCCCGUUUCCUCCGUUGCUCAUGUGCCCCUUUGUUCCCCUUAAUUUACUAGAAAAAAUGAUAUUUAAGACUGUUUUAUAAGAAUAUUAUCAUCCAAAAAGAGACUAAACUUGUAUUACAAAGUAUGUACAGUGAAUAUUUAAGAUGUUCUAGGAAUUUUACCUGAAACCAUUCAACGCCCUGCUAGCUAACUUUGCACAGCGCUUCAGUUUGAGAAGAAAUCUACUAUUUUCUAGUUUGUGUAUCUACACUGUGAUGGUGGCUGUUAGGACUGACUGCUGCAGGACUCUUAGCUACCGUGUGAGUGUGAUGUGUGUGUUUAGGGAGUGCAGUGGGUGCAUCUGAGUGCGUGCUUGCACAUAGGUGAGUGUCGGCGUGAAUGCGUUGCGUGCAAUAGUUUGUCGGGCUCGUAAACGAAUAUCCCAGCCUCACACGCAGUCGUCCUGUUGUGUAGCUAAAUCUGUGUGUCUUUGUCUCCAGCUCUUUCUGUUCCUCUCUCUUUGACUCCCUUUCUCUCUUUGUUUCGUUGGGACAUACAGGGUAACGCGAUGCAGUGGGAGUGGAAUGGAGAGUGACUGGUGUGCCUGAGUGAUAAACUCAAGAGAUAAUGAAUCAGUAAGGCCUGUCCCAGCCUCAUGUGUGGAUAUGUUCCUGUGUAAAUAGACAUUCUGUAGAUAUUAAUUAGCAAAUAUGGAGAAGGAGGUUAACUUUCAACAAUUAAAGAGAUUCCGUUAAGAAUAUAUGAACACUUAAUAAAGGUUUUCACUGUAAAA